AAUUUAGCUUGUGUUUAUUUGAUAAACCAAACCUUGAGUCUUCCAUCUGUAUUUGCAGGUACACAUGAAGCAAGUGAUGUCUGCAGUGUGGCAGCAGGGUCUGGAUGUAAGCUACCUGAAAGAGCAGGCCAUGGGAGAGCCGCUGAUGAGGGAGGUGAUCAGUGAGUACUGCCAGCAGGUGCUGGGCGGCGGCCCCCUGCAGGGUGAGGCUCUGCUCGCAGCCUUCAAACCCAGAGGUUACUCAGAAUGUAUUGUCAUAGCCGGAGGAGAGGAUCGCAAAACCAGGAAGCCGACCUCUGAGACGCGCUGCAUGUGUCCGCUCUACGACUCCAGCAGGCAGGCCUGGAUUACGCUGCAGCCCAUGAGCGCCCCCCGCCUGGGCCACGGGGUCGUCACUGCCGAGGGUUUUCUGUUUGCGAUCGGCGGAGCAGAUGAACACAACACAGUCCUAAACAGUGGAGAAAAAUAUGACCCUGACACCAACACCUGGAGCCCUAUAACCCCAAUGCUACAGCCGCGUCAGAACUUUGGCGUGGUGGAGCUGGACGGUCUUAUCUACGUCCUCGGAGGAGAGACCACAGAAAGAGAGCUGACCACUGUGGAGGUGUUCGACCCUCACUGCAGUGCCUGGAAAAUGCAGACCAGUAUGACCAUGAUCCGCAAGAUCUGACCACAACCUGGUUCACCUCCAGCCUGUGUACCAACCUCUGGUCCACAGACUGCUGGUGUCCUCACACACUGUGAAGAAGUGGUCUGAGGAGGCCCUGAAGGACUGUUUUGACACUACUGCAUGCAUCAACAUCGUGGAACAGAGAGGAUUAUAUAGAGGGAGCUGAGGUGGAAGAUCAGAGAGGGGAAGAACAGCUACAGGAAGAGGAUGGAGGAACAGCUGGAGAGGCCUGAAGACCAUCUCUGGCUACAAAGAGCCAGACUCCCAGGUCCGGGGGGACCAGCAGUGGGCAAACGACCUGAACAUUUAACAGAUUUGACCAGUCUGGUGCCCCUCCCCCUCCCUAUUCCCCCUACUGCAGUGCUUCUCAAACUUCUUUCAGUAAUGUACCCCCUUUGAAAA